AUGUUAUUCAAUUUGGAAGUAGCAAAAAAUUUAUCAUCUGAAAUUUUAAGAGAAAUCGAAGUUCUUACUAUUCAAAGGCAAUAUUUAAAAGCUAGAUUUCUGGGACAAAUAAUUUAUAAUGAAGAUAAAAAUGAUAGUAAUGAUGCAGCAAAAUUAUAUACUAAGUUACUUGAAAAUUCACAAAAUAAUCCAAUGUGGAAAUGCCAGCAAGUAUCAAUUAUUUUAUCAUAUAAUAUUAUAUUUAUUCUACAAUCAAUAAUAUUAAUUGCUACUGAGCCAAUUAAUAGUGUAUCUGAUUCUUAA